AUGAAUCCAAGCCUCAUAAAAGAGAGAGAAGCGUUCUUAAAGCGAGCCAUGACGAUCCCUGUUGUCGAGAAACCAAAAUCGACUUAUUCUGGUGUUUCGGAAGAAAAAGGUGCCGUAACUUCUGUACACCGCCGUGGACCUCCUUCAACUUCUAGUGUUUCAGAAUUGAGAUCUCUCGAACUAAAACCUCAGUUGCAGGGAAAGUUUGCAGUUUUGUCGCGGAUAGUAAAGUAUAUGAAGCAACGCCAUUUAGAAGGUGAUACUCAUCCAUUAUCUGUAGAAGAAAUUUUGGAGGAAGCUGUACUUCAUGAUACACCACCUGCCACUGUAAAAUGGCUAGAGGAAGAAGCUCUACCAAAUAAUCCAAAAAUUCGGGUUACAGCGGAUGCAAAGUUUUUAUUCAAACCAAGAUAUGAUAUCCGUACUCGUAAAGACCUUUAUCAACUUCUUCGUCGUCAAGAAUUAAAAGGAUUGGGAGGAAUUUAUCUAGAUGAUUUGACUGAAUCCGUUCCUGAUGUUGAAAAAAUUCUCAAUAGUUUUGGCGAUCAUGUGAUUCGUAUUACCACACCACACGAUAAAAAAACUAUCUUGUUUUACAACGACAAAUCAUUCGAUUUGAAUGUAGAUGAAGAAUUCAAGCAACAAUGGCGGUCCGUGAGUGUGGAGGGUGUUCAUGAAACAAAAAUUGAAGAGUAUUUAAAGCGUAAUGGGAUCUCUUCAAUGUCUGGUGAUCGAAAAAAAUUCAUACCUGUACAAAGAAAAAAACCGGGACAAAAGCGUACUAUGAAUCGUCCAGUUCAUAUUAAAGACAAUGAACAUGUGAACGGAAUUCUAGAAGACUUUUCUGAGAAAUUAGCCAAACCUUCUUGA